UUCUGUUUCCCCGCCUCCUCAGCGGAAGCCAGGCGCCAAACUCAAAUUUUAGCAGGGCCGGGACGCCUCUCGGCGACUUCCGCGGGCCGGGCCUGCUGGACUAUUCUUCUCACUGGCACGGGCAGCAGUCCAACAUGAGCCAGGUUCUGUUCCAGGAACUAGUCCCGCUGCAGGUGAAAUGCAAAGACUGCGAGGAGAGGAGAGUAAGUGUUAGAGUGAGCAUUGAACUACAAUCAGUUUCUAAUCCAGUUCACAGAAAGGAUUUAGUUGUCCGUCUGACUGAUGAUACGGAUCCGUUUUUUCUGUAUAACCUUGUUAUAUCUGAGGAAGAUUUUCAAAGUUUAAAAUUCCAGCAAGGCCUUCUGGUAGACUUCUUAGCUUUCCCACAAAAAUUUAUUGAUCUCCUUCAGCAGUGUACUCAAGAACAUGCCAAAGAAAUUCCAAGGUUUUUGCUGCAGUUAGUUUCUCCAGCACAUAUUUUGGAUAACUCACCUGCCUUUUUAAAUGUGGUAGAGACAAAUCCUUUUAAGCAUCUUACACACCUCUCGCUAAAACUUUUACCUGGAAAUGAUGUGGAAAUAAAGAAAUUUUUAGCCUGCUGUUUGAAAAGUAGCAAGGAAGAAAAAUUAUCAUUGAUGCAAUCACUAGAUGAUGUUACUAGGCAACUGAAUUUUACACAGAAGACCUUAUCAGAAAAAAUCCAAGAAUUAGAUAAGCUACAGAAUGAAUGGGCAUCACACACAGCUGCAUUGUCAAAUAAACAUUCCCAGGAACUAACAAACGAGAAAGAAAAGGCCUUGCAGGUACAGGUACAAUAUCAACAGCAGCAUGAACAACAGAAAAAAGAUUUAGAAAUCCUCCAUCAACGAAACAUCCAGCAACUACAAAACAAAUUAUCUGAGUUAGAAGCAGCUAAUAAAGACCUAACGGAAAGAAAAUAUAAAGGAGACUCUACCAUCAGAGAACUGAAAACAAAACUAUCCGGUGUUGAAGAGGAGCUCCAGCGGGCUAAGCAAGAAGUCCUCUCUUUGCGAAGAGAAAAUUCUACCCUAGAUGCUGAAUGCCAUGAAAAAGAAAAGCAUAUUAAUCAGCUGCAAACAAAAGUGGCUGUUUUAGAACAGGAAAUCAAGGAUAAGGACCAGCUUGUUUUAAGAACAAAGGAAGCAUUUGAUACAAUCCAGGAACAAAAGGUGGCUUUAGAAGAAAAUGGUGAGAAAAAUCAGGUACAACUAGGAAAACUUGAAGCUACAAUAAAAUCAUUAUCAGCAGAACUUCUUAAGGCAAAUGAGAUUAUCAAGAAGUUGCAAGGGGAUCUGAAAACUCUGAUGGGUAAAUUGAAACUGAAGAAUACAGUAACUAUUCAGCAAGAGAAACUCUUGGCUGAGAAGGAAGAAAAAUUACAAAAGGAACAAAAGGAAUUACAAGAUGUUGGACAGUCUCUCCGAAUUAAAGAGCAAGAGGUAUGCAAGUUACAAGAACAAUUAGAAGCUACAGUUCAAAAACUUGAAGAAAGCAAACAACUUCUAAAAAAUAAUGAAAAGUUAAUCACAUGGUUAAAUAAAGAACUAAAUGAAAAUCAGCUAAUGAGAAAGCAAGAUGUCUUGGGGCCUUCCACCACUCCACCUGUACACUCAAGCAGCAACACAAUCAGAAGUGGCAUUUCUCCUAACUCGAAUGUGGUUGAUGGUAGACUUAUGUACCCAGCCUGUGGGAUCGGUUAUCCUGUCUCCUCUGCAUUUGGAUUCCAGAAUACCUUUCCUCAUUCUAUAUCUGCCAAAAAUAACAUCCAUCCAGUUUCUGGACCAAAGGUUCAGUUUAACUUGCAAUUUACAAAACCAAAUACAUCACUAGGAGAUGUUCAAACAGGAACAACUAUUAGUAUGCCUUGCUCAACUGACAAGGAAAAUAGUGCAAAUUUAGGGCUGGAACCCAAAUAUCUGAAGAAAAGGGAAGAUAGCAUUCCUUUACGUGGACUCAACCAGAAUCUGUUCAGUAAGCCAGACCAUCAGAAGGAUGGCGCUUUCGGAGCAGCGCAGACCUCGUCCAAGCCCCUGGGGCUCCCGUCCGCACCGUCAGCCUAUUUCCCUGGGCAGUUAGCAAACAGCUGAUGCUAGUGUGACCUUAUACUUUUUACUGAAAUUUUAGAAAUUCACAUGGUUUAAAAAUAUACGAACAGCAGAGAUCAUAUCCUAAGCCAGCAAGUUUCCAAGGUUACUUGAGCUUAACCUAUUAGGUCGUUUGGAUCCUUUUAAGGACCAAUGUCAUUUAUGGCAAACUAGAGGAGCCCGGGUGUCCCUGCGGGAUUCUGAGGAAAUGACACUUUUUAGUUUGUGAACAUGGGGUUUUACAGAAUACUGGUAUGAAUUUUAUUAAGCAAAUCCUUAGAAAUUCUAAGAAGUUCUAAGGAGAGAGUUGAUCCUUUUAAGGGACAUUCUAGUCAUAUUGAGUAACUGGGUAAAUGAAAACCUGCUCAGGAAUAGUGUGAAGCCAAAGAAUGUUAAUAAUUCAUUUUAUCAUUUUCAUUGGGAAAAGUGUUGACACCUGAGAAUUAUGAGGGAAAAUGAUUAUCUCCAAAGAUACAUAUAUUAUCGACAUUUAAAGGGAAAAGUCCUAAAAUUACCUUAAAUGAAUGAAAAUAAACGAAUCCUUCACAAGUAAAUAUUUUCCUUGCAACCUCUUUAAAUUAGCUAGUAAACCAGUCUAAGCAAUUUUGAUAAAUUAUAAAAAUAAUUUGGACAGCAUAUUUAUAUAACCAGAUUAGGCAGAAAGUGCUUUUAAUCAUUUGAACUGCAAAGUUUAUAGGAUUUUAAUGUUUCCUGGAAGUCUUCACUCCUCCAGUUUUCACUUUCAUUUUGAAUUUCAUGGGUUUGUUUUGCAGUUGAAUCUGAAUUAGAAUGUUUUAAAAAUUAGCACUAUACAGAAUACUGUAAGACCAUCAUGAAUAUUCAUUGUAUUAUAAUAUCAGAGUGGGUUCAUUUUAACGUUUGCUUAAUAAAGUAGGCAAAUUGAGUAACUGUUAGAAGCUAUAGCUCUUUUCUCUUCCCUGUAGCCAAAAGUUUCAAGUAAGAAUUAUUUGGGGAAAAUCAGGUAAAAAAAACUUCACCUCGUUAUCAGAGGGACAGUUCCCCCUUUUGUUUUCUGGCUGAUGACCACCCAGUACGAGCAGUGUUCUCUUAUGAAACCUAUAUAUCAGUUUUUGUUUGCAAGGGUUGCUAAUGCUCGUGUGAGAGUCAAAAACUGUUUUAAAGGACCUCACCACACAGAUGAAGAGAGAGACAUUGAAGACACUAGUGGCAUAUCCGCAUCAUGGGCUCCUGGUAAGACAGAGAAUCUUUGCUAGUACUUUUCUGAAGCCACAACAUUGAGUCCUGUGAUGCCGUGAAACUCUGCUGGUCGUUGCAAGGAGUCGAAACUAGGGGAUUUAUUCUAGAACAUUUAGUAACCGUUACGGGGUUGGCCUUUUAUCUAGCUGUCAUUUAAAUAUACUGUAUUAAUAUUAGAAAGACUACUUGGUUACAGUAACUUCAGGGGACUUCCUCAUCAUCUGGAAUCUCUCCUGUAAAUAUGAUGUAAUAUAUAUAAAACAUUUUGUGACAGAGUCUGGAUGGGAUUUAUAAUCUACAGUCCUUUUUUAUUUGAAAUUGUUUUGCGGUGUACAGCUGUACAUGUGUUAAUAAUCACAGGUUGCAAUGAAUGUAAACUGUGAGCUUUGUCAAUAAAGUAUUUAUGGAGUGUGACAGGUAAAAAGUAUAUAAGCAGAAACCGGGCUGAUCUGCAACUAUAGAUUAUGCUUAGAAUUUAAGUACUUGCAUUUAAUUUAUGGACUAGGUUUUCAUUUCUUUUGUCCUCCUACAAGAGUAUUUUGUAGUGCUGGAGAAAAAAGGGAUUGAAAGGAAAAAGGUGUAAAGCUUUGAUUUGUUACUGUAAAAAUGAUGAUGGUAACAAAUAAAGCCAAAACAGCCCUUCUAGGGAAUCACAGAUCAAGACUUUUCUUUUAAAAAAAAAUCAUUAAAAUAUUUAAUUUUAUUAACAGAAUAUUUACAUUUCUUUUAAGACCUUAUUUAGCCAUAGCGAAUGUUCCAAGUUUAAAAAGCACUGCGCAAUAACCACACACAAGAUGAAAACAGUGUAAACUAUACAAUACUUUAUGUACAAUUUUUACAAAGUAACACUUCUUUAAAUAAUAUAACUGGACACAAAAAUAUACACUUUAGAGAAAUUCACAUCAGGAAUUGUAUAAAGCUCUCUUCUAGGGUCCUGAAAAUUUAGGACAAACAUUAGCUCUGUAAAUAAAGUGUUACUGUGACAGUCCUGAAAGGCCACUAUAUAUAUUUAUCUACAUACAGAUAUCACAUUGACAUUUUCAAGGCUACCAGCUUUACUAUAUAAUUUUAGAUUAUGUGUUCAAGUGUUGAGGUUCGUAUGAUUAUGCAAACGUUAAAAGAAUAGUGGUAGAAGUAGCUGGGGAACAACUUUGAGCCAGCGUUUAGAUUUACAGACUCUACCCCAAUUUAAAUUCUAAAUGGCUGAUACUCUCAUUUCAAAAACAGUGGUGAAUAUUUUUAAAAUAAAAUUACUACAAACAAGCUUAAAACAUGA